GAAGACAGUGCAAGAAGGUGGAGUAAGGAGAAGUAGAAAGGAACAGAAGAAGUGGAGGGAAGGAGAAGGAAGUCGACCUGGGAGGAGGAGGAGGAGGAGAGGAGAGGCACAGAAGAGGAGGCAGGGGGGAGGGAAACCGCGAAGGAAGGCGAGGAAAUGAGGAGGAAGCAAACCUGUUGAGGAGGAAGAGGAGGAGGAGGAGAGAAGGGAUGGCGGCCAGAGGCGCCGGCGGGCCUUAAAGGAGGGCUAGUGGGUGGAAGUGGGCGGUUGGAGCCCGGCCGCUUUGAUCCUGGUCUUGGGACGCUUUUCAUCUUUCCUUCAAGAUGAUGAAGAAACAGUUCAACUGGAUGCGGCAGCAGCUCAGCCACCCGGGCAUCGGCGGCGGACGAGCUCAAGAAACUGCUGAAUACUUGACUGAAGACCUGCUACAGAUUGAGCAGCGAAUUGAGCCAGCCAAGCGUGCAGCUCACAAUGUGCACAAGAGACUUGUGGGUUGCCUCCAGGGUCAAUACGGGGCAGACAUGGACAAACGGGUAAAAAAGUUGCCCUUGAUGGCAUUGUCCAUGACCAUGGCUGAAAGCUUCAAAGAACUGGACACUGAAUCUAGCCUUGGGAAGGCCUUAGAAAUGAGCUGCUUUAUCCAGAGCAUGCUAGCUAGGAUACUUGCUGAGUUUGAAUUGGCCCUCGAACGAGAUGUGCUGCAACCUUUGAACAAACUGAGUGAGGAGGAGCUGCCCGUAAUUCUGAAACACAAAAAGAAUCUACAGAAGCUCAUUUUGGACUGGAAUACCAUCAAGAGCCGUCUGAACCAAGUUGCCAAGAACUCGAGUAACAGUGCUGGGACUGGUGCUGCUCCAGCAGCAUCAGGAGCUGCCCUGAAGCUGGAGAAUCUGAAGGAGGAGGAGGAAGAGAUGAAAAGGAGGGUUGAACAGAGUAAGGAUGAGUACAUGGCGGACCUGUAUCACUUUUCAACCAAGGAAGACAGCUACGCCAAGUGUUUUAUCAAGUUGCUGGAAAUUCAAGCAGAAUAUCACCGGAAGUCUCUGGGAUCACUAGAUGCUACAUUAGCAGAGCUGAAGGAGACACACAGUCCAGACUCCCCAUUCCCUACAGACCCAGGUGUAGGAAGGGUGUAUGGGAUGCCGCUUGAAACUCACCUGAAUGCUUCUGGGAGGGAGAUUGCACUCCCCAUCGAAGCUUGUGUCACGAUGCUGCUGGCAUCAGGCAUGCGGGAAGAGGGCCUCUUCCGGUUGGCAGCUGGUGCAUCUGUACUCAGGAGACUCAAGUACAGCCUUGACAGUGGGUCAAGCAUCCCAGAGGAAUUUUAUGCGGACCCUCAUGCCGUGGCAGGGGCACUGAAGUGUUACCUGCGAGAACUGCCCCAGCCCUUGAUGAACUCGGAUCUCUAUGAUGAUUGGCUCAAAGCUGCCAGUAUCAAAGAACCAGAUUCUCGACUGGAAUAUCUCAAGGGGGUUUGUGGCCGUCUUCCCAAGCACAACUACAAUAACAUGAGAUACUUGAUCCGUUUUUUGGCCAAACUGGCUGAACAACAGGAAGUGAAUAAAAUGACCCCAAGCAACAUUGCCAUUGUCCUAGGGCCUAACCUGUUGUGGCCACAACAGACUGAAGGGUGCCCAGCGCAGCUAGACAUGGCUUCUGUAUCCUCCAUUCAAGUUGUAGGCGUUGUGGAACCCUUAAUCCAAAAUGCUGAGAUACUCUUUCCAGGAGAUAUUGACUUCCAUGUCUCUGGCCUGUUCUCGCCAGCAUUAGUCACCAAACAGAGUGAGAUCCCCACAACAGAAGAGCCCACAUUUUCAGUUCUCCCUGCUGAACCUGCUUCACCAUCACCCAGGGAAAGGAAAACCCCUGUUAUGAGUCCAGGCCCAGCCCAAAAGGAGACCCAGGUUUUCACUGAAACAGCCAUUCCCUUGUCUACCCCUGUUCCUGCUGAUGAACCUUCACGGAAAACAAAGCGUGUGGCUCCAGCAAGACCCACAGUGCCUCCCCCACCACUAGUUCCGCCCCGAACUCCUCCUCCGGUGGGCCUUCAAAGCCAGCCUCUUGCCCCAGAGUCUCCCUCCACCCCCAAAGCCCUGCCUCGGAGAACUGCAGGAGGAUCCGUGCGCGUUCCCUCGGUGCCACCACCACUUCCACCUCAGCCAGCCAAGCGUCAGAGCCGCACCUCUGUGUCAUCCACAAAGCUUCCUCCCGAAUUUACAAGCAACGAAGCAGCUGAAGGCAAAGAGCCACCUCCAGAUGUAGAAACAUCCAAAGAUUGGGCCUCAGUGCCAACAGAGCCUGAUCAGCCAUGCAGUGUGGAAAGGAGCAGCUCUCCACCUCCCUCUGAUAUGAAAUCUGAGACUCUGGAGAAUGGGGGAAAAGUUAAGGGCCUGAGGCUGUUAGGAAUGAUGGGAGUUGAAGUCCAAACACCUGGAGGGCCCAAGUUGGCCCAUGCCUGUUCUAUCGGGUUGUCAUGGCAACAGAGCGCCCUUCCUUUCCUCUUUCGCGGGCGGGGACUAUUUACGUCGUCCUUCCGAGCUGCCAAUCACCGUCCUUCCCUUAUCCCGAUUGGGCGCUUUGCCUUGUCCCCUCCUAUUUCGUUCUGGGCUCGCGGAGGGAUUGGCGAGCGCUGUUUCUCCCCGCGUGCCGGCCUGCGUGGCGGCGUGCCCUGCGAUUGGCUGCGCGUUGGGGCGAAAGCGCGAGGGGCUGAGCGGAGGCCUGUGUUGCCGGCCAUGGCGGGCUGCCGUCGGCUGAGCGGCGCGGGCCUGCGGGAGGUGCUGGGCGAGGCGCAGGGGGUGCUCUUCGACUGCGACGGCGUGCUGUGGGCCGGGGAGCGGGCGGUCCCCGGCGCGCCGGAGCUCCUGGAGCGCCUCAGCCGGAGCGGCAAGGCCGCGCUCUUCGUCUCCAACAACAGCCGCCGCUCCGUGGCCGAGCUGGAGCGCCGCUUCUCCCGCCUAGGCUUCCGCGGCGUGCGCGGCGAACAGGUCUUCAGCUCUGCGCUCUGCUCCGCGCUCUACCUCCGGCAGCGGCUCCUAGGCGAGGGCGGCGCAGGGGACUCCGCCUCCUCCUCCUCGGCCUCCUCGCCUCCGCUCCCGGGCCCGGGCACCGUCUUCGCGCUGGGCGGGGAAGGGCUCCGCGGGGAGCUCCGCGACGCCGGCCUCCGCCUCGCCGGGCAAGAAGCGGAGGAAGGCGGGGAGGCGCUGCCGGUGCGGGCCGUGCUGGUGGGCUACGACGACCAGUUCACCUUCGCCAAGCUCUCCCAGGCCUGCGCCUACCUGCGCGACCCGCACUGCCUCCUCGUGGCCACCGACCCGGACCCCUGGCACCCGCUCAGCAACGGGCAGCGCACCCCCGGGACAGGAAGCCUCACUGCUGCUGUUGAAACAGCAUCUGGGCGCAAAGCAACGGUGAUUGGAAAGCCAAAUACAUACAUGUUCGAAUGCAUUGUGGAGCGCUUUGGUGUGGAUCCAUCCCGCAUGCUCAUGGUUGGUGACCGGCUGGAGACAGACAUCCUGUUUGGCAAGAACUGUGGCCUUGAAACGGUCUUGACCCUGACAGGUGUCUCGCACCUCGAGGAGGCACAGGCUUACAUGGCCAGCGACAGCCCUGCGGCAAAGGACCUGGUGCCUCACUACUAUGUGGACAGUAUUGCAGACUUGAUACCAGGCCUCGAUGAGUAACAGGGAGGUUUAGAUGGGCAGAGAUCCUAGUCCAUUCCAAACUGCCACCCAGCCCUGCUUCUGUCUCCCUCUUUCCUUAUUUCUGGGGCUCAUCACAUUCCGGUGUUUGGUCAAGAAUGAAGAAGGGUAUUCAUUCUUUAUUCAUUCUUCAGAAUCUGUUUUUUUUUAAAUUAAUUUGGGCAGCUGUAGGGGAACAGGGAAUCUAAUGUGAACGUGUUGGAUGUUUACAGACCAAACCAGUAUUUAUUUAUUUAUGCAUUCAUUCAUUCAUUCCCUCCAUUAUUUGGCAUGAUGUAGUAAUUUAUUUAAAUUAUUUUUGUUUUACAGUUGCCAGUAGUGGCCUUUUUACUAUUGUCCUCUGCUUUAUGUUGAAGCACAGUGAUGUGCUUAACAUUGUGCUUGCGCCAAAGCUUAAACAAGGCAACAUUUGUAUUAGUGUUUUUUGUGUUUCUUCUAUAACUACUGCCAUUCCAUGCCAGUAUUAGGAAUUCUUGCUCCAGAACUCUAGAUGGGGAAAAGGGAACAUCAGAAGUAAUUUCAGAAAAAACACUUUGGCCUCCACAUAAUGCCUCUUGGGUAUACUUCCCAUGUAAGCAGGGGUUUAUCGUAACAGCACUGCUUGCCCCAAACUGACAAUUGCCGAGGCUGAGUUUUUGAUGCAAGCUUCCUGAGUGGCCCUUGCUGACACUGCUUGAGAUAUCUAUCCACAGCAGUUUUCCCAAAGGGCUGGGCUGGAGAGAAAGUGGUCAGCUGGUUCAGUCAGAUUAUCAAAACCUGGAAAACGCCCUCUUCUAACUGUGAAUGAUAUAUAAAGGAUUUCUUUUUGGUCUGUCUUGAGUGUCUUCUCAGGCAACAAUUUUUAUCAGUCCCAUUUAUUUUCUGCUGCUGCAAUGACAAAAUAAAUUGCACAGGACUAUUUUGUGCCAUGAUGUUCUGAAUUGGCUGUCAUUUAAUCUUAAUCCUCCAGCGCUAACAGCUUCCCUUCAUUCUUGUCUAUAUAGAGACAGGGACACAGUAUUGUGCCCUCCUCCCCUUUCCUUGGCUGGGUGAACCAAUGAAACACAUCAGUAAACUAUUUAGUUCCUGUCUGUGCCUGAUGGGAUGCACCACAGUGGGAAAGAUGGGGCCUAAACCUUGCCCCUCCAUUCUUGCGUGCUUAAUGGGGUGGUCAUGGCAUUUAUAGUGCUGUCAGUGUGCCACAGCAUCCUAAAAUCAAUCCUAGCUGCUUGUCUUUCUAUGGUUUAUGUAUUUAUUAAAGUGUUUGUAUAAACUACGCUGAUCAGUUGUGCCAAGGUGGGUAUGGGGCCUCUAAGCCCACUCACUACCUGUACCUCCAUGUUGUUGUGGUUUUCUGAUAUUUAUUGUCAUUCUGCAUAUAAUAAAGUGCAGGUGCAAGUUGAA